UUUGAACUGCAAAUAGAGCGGGAAGUGUUCUCAGUUUUUACAUUUCUGACAACAGUGACAAGAUUUUGCUACUAGUCGCAGCUGCACAAACUAGGGCAUUGGUGGAGGCUGAGGCUGAUGGAGCUGAUUUAAUGGAGAUUCAUGUUUUAUCCUGAGGAACGAUGAAUUUAACGGAUAUUAAGUAGCUACACAGUAGCUGCUACUGUGUAAACAUUACGGCUUUCUAGUUUACUGCCUAUUUUAUUAUGGAGACCGAGAACGAAGUCACUUCAACUCAGGAAGACUGCGCUAUGUUGGACAUCCAGCUGCCGUACUACCUGCAGAAUUUCAACUGGAUUGUCAAGACGGUAUGCAGUGAUGCGGAGUUCCAGCAUCUAUUUUCCGCGGAGCAAUCAUCCCGUCUGAGCACCAUUGCUUGCUUCGAUGCCUUGCCACUGAAUGCGCAAAAACUCUACGUACGUUUAUAUCUGCGGAAGUAUGCGUUUCUCCCGCGGAACAGGAUUAAAUACGACGAGGAAUUUGGCGGGCAAGAUGCUGUAAGCGAUCUCUUGAACGCACUCGCGGAAGCUGGUUUUCUGGAUGAUGAACUGUGUGGUACACUGCUGGAUGCAACACUGGUAAUGCUGAGUCUGCCGCAGCUGAGGGAGCUCUGUAAGAUCUUCCGGGUGGGCAAUGGAACGAACUCUAAGAAGGAAUUGCUGACUUCUAUCCUGGCAAAGUGUCGUCAGCAGAGAACUCCUUUUGGACAGCCGUUAGCUGAAAUUAUCCGUCAAAAAGCUGUGUCCAUUCUUGGUAAAGUGUACAGAGUUGAAGAAACGCGGAGAUCGUUAUUUAACCGCAUUUUCUUAUUCUUCCGAUUGACCGCUGGUUACACGAAUAUUAUGGCGGACAAUCCCAUCUUUGGUUUGCUCCAGUUAAAACUUACAAACACGAAAUAUCCGGAUUUUGUUAUCCAGACGGAUGCUCCACUCUUCCGCUCAUUUGAACAGUUUACAAUGCUGGAUGUCGCUCAACAGUGUCUCGAGGAAAUAGAACUCGCAUGGAUGGAGAGGAAUUUUAUGGGUGGUCAGUUAAUCUACGAGAAAACACUUCCGCUAUGGGAAAGUAUUGUAAAGGAGAAAGAAAUCAGUGACGAAGUGAUCGGUUUGCCGCGGUACCUACGGAAAUUUCGACCGGGAUAUUAUUACACGAAAGUUAUGGAAAAAGGAUUGGAAUGUCUGGAAAGAAUGGGUAAAAUACGCGACGCCAUCCACGGUUAUCAACAGUUGUUGGAGCAAAGGAUUUAUGUUCCGCACCAUCGUGGCAGUUGGUAUAAUCGAUUGAGUAUUCUUAUGCCGAGAGCGGACAAAAAUUUCGCUCCCGCGGCGGGAUUGUUGCUGAAAGGAAUCGAAGAUGUCGAUGUUAGGCCUUAUCAGAAACUGGAGUUGUUUGGGCGUUUGAAGCGAACUUCCAAAAACGCCGAGGACGUUGUGAAUAAAGACCAGAUUACGGAAAUGGCAGAGCGAUUUUUAUACAAACAUGCUCCCGCCAGUAUUGUCUGUGGAAAAAGGUGUGCCACGGAGAAUAAAAUGGGCAAAUCAGUUUUCAUCGGAGCAGAGGAUGGGGUUGUUGUUGGGUCGGUGGAGGAAUUAGCGUUAUCUCAUUAUCGAAAAAACGGUUAUCCUGAAGGUGUUCAUGUGGAAGGAUCAAUUAUUGCUAGCCUAUACGGCCUCCUCUUUUGGGAUGUUAUUUACGCUGAGGGAAUCCCGAACGUUUUUCGCUCCAAAUUCCAAGUAUCGCCUCUGGAUUUAGGAUGUCCUAGCUUUUUUACAUCUCGACAAGCAAACAUUCAAAGGCGGCACGAAUCGAUUAGCAGUAGUUCUCUGGAGAAUGUGAUAACUUCGAUCUCUGAAAUUUGGCAUAAGCACCAUGAAAUACAGUCCGUUGUUCAGUGGGACAUCUUGGCUUCCUUGGAUUGCUUGAUCUCUUUUGUGCAGUGCUUUCGCCCGAAUCAACUGGCAGAAAUCUGCCAGAGAUUUGCCAGUGAUUAUGGUGCUGUCCGAGCUGGCUUUCCCGAUUUGACUAUAUGGAAUCCGGAGGACAAGCUUGUGAAAUUUGUCGAAGUCAAAGGACCAAACGAUCGGCUGUCUUUUAAGCAGAUUCUUUGGAUAGACUUUUUGUUAAGUAUAGAUGUUCCCGUUGAGGUAUGCCAUGUGAGAGCAACAGGUGCUAAAAGAAAAUCUGCGCUGAUUGCUACACUUAGCGAGGAUGAGGACGAUUGUAUUGUAAUCGAGUGAUUUUGGUGUUUUCCUUUAGAAAACGUUGCAUGCAAUGUGGAAUGUUGGUGUUUUUAUUUAAGAUCGAUGCUGGCGCCCUGUGUAGUGUAAAUUUAUUUGUGUUACAGCAGUAAGAAGUAUUAUUAA